AUUACACACAGAUGUGACUCUAUAUCAUUAUAUAACGUUACCUUUCAACAUUUUUGGCUUCCAUUUUUCUCAGACGCUUUUUCUGCAAUUUCAAGACCUAAAUUCCUGUGAUCCUCGUAAUUUUGGAUAUUCCUGGAAAUUUUCUGAGAGACGAGGAACUACUGUCUCAUGUUCUGGCACCCCCACUAUGAUUCUUUCAGAAUAGUUAAUUGGAUAAUCAAAAGUUUCAAUCAAUUUGUAUUUUCAUCUCUCGACGAUGUUCGACUGGAAUUAUGCUAACUUGAUAUUGUGCUGGUUAAUCUUACCUACAGUAGACUCGAUCAGACUAGUUGACAACGGUUAUGAAGAGGUUGUUAUCAAUAUUGGUAAAAAUGUCAUAGAAGAUCCGAAUAUACUCAAAAGAUUAGAGAAUUAUUUAACAGUAACAUCACAAGCUCUUUUCACAGCCACCAGACAGAGAAUCUAUUUUCGAAAAAUUACAAUAGUUAUACCACAAACAUGGAGUCAUAGCAGUCUCUAUGCAAACGCCAAAGAUUCUGAAACUGAGCAUGCGCAAAUAUUGAUAGACACUGAAAACCCAGCCUAUGGACAUGCACCAUAUGUGAAACAAUAUGCCGAGUGCGGAUCUCCAGGAUUAUACAUUCAUUUAACACCAGAGUAUUUAUUAAAUUAUGAGGUCACAUUCAGAUGGGGACUACCAGGUAAAACACUAGCACAUGAAUGGGCUCAUCUGCGAUGGGGAUUAUUUGAUGAAUAUCCCAUUGAUCCCCAGGACUCGCCAUUUUAUAGAUAUGCUGGUCAGUGGCAUCCCACGAGAUGUACAACAGAAGUAGAGGGUAUAUUGAAGAAUGAGAACAGAAAAGAAGGAUGUCUAGUUGAUCUGUUUACGGGAAAACCGUCAGCCAGCUGUAAAUUCUUUCCACGUAUAAAACAGAACAAGGCCGUAGCUUCUAUUAUGUUCAUGCAAUACCUAGAAAGUGUUGUAGAAUUCUGCGAUGAUGCCUAUUCCUCACCCGUACAUCUCCGCCAUAACAACCUUGCACCAAACAGACAAAACAGACUGUGUAAUUACCGCAGUGCAUGGGAAGUCAUGAAGAAACAUCCCGAUUUCAGAUCAACACACAAAUCAUUACCACGAGGCUUUGAUACUACUCCAACGUUUAGAUAUGUUCAAGUCAGACCGCGAAGAAGAGUUCUUGUUCUUGAUACAAGUGGAAGUAUGUCGGGAUCCUCAUUGAAAAUCCUACGUCAAGCUGCCACCAAUUUCAUUAUGAACAGUAUUGAAACUGGUAGCUCUCUGGGUAUAGUUGAGUUUAAUACAGCAGCAACGACAUUGUCACCAUUAGUACGGAUUUCUUCUCGAGCAGAUAGAGAAUUGUUAAUCAACAGACUACCUAAAACAGCUACUGGAAAGACAAGUAUUGGAGGGGGAUUAUUAAAGGCUAUCCAGGCCUUACUGCAUUCUAAAAGUGGUGUUGGGGGUACACUGAUCCUGAUUACAGAUGGUCAAGAGAAUGAAUCACCGUGGAUAACAGAUAUCAAGCCUUCCUUACUCAAGCAGGGUGUAAUGGUCCAUGCUUUAGCCUAUGGCCAGAAGGCCGAGACCGGUAUUUCUGCAUUAGCAGAUGAAACUGGUGGACGGACCUUCUUCUUUUCUGGACAGAGACAAUCUACAUUGGUUGAUAGUUUAGCUGCUAUGGUUAUGCCUCAAACAUCGGAAGGUUUUGAAUCUCCUGUUACUGUUGUAUCGGAUACACAAAUUCUUGAUCGUGCAACUCCAUAUAAGGGCACAUUCCACAUUGAUUCUAGUCUGGGGAAGGACACCAUACUCACAUUCAUGCAUGAAGACCCUAUUGAUGUAAUUAUUCGAGGUCCAAAUAACACCGAAAUUAAAGUCAGGGAUAUCUCAUCUUCCCUGGAUAACGAUAUAACCGGUGGACUUCUUCAGGUUCCAUUACAUGGAAAUGCAUUGACGGGAGUAUGGACAUAUGAAAUACACCCAUGGCGAACAGGUACACAAGUAUCUAUAAGUGUCACUUCGCAACCACCGGUUGAAGAUGGUUCAACAAGUAUCCAAACUAAAUCUUGGAUUUCAAAGACCGAGUUACAAUUCAAUCCAAAAGAAAUGUUUGUUGUCUUUUCUGAAGUUAGACGUGGUAAUGCACCGGUUCUUGGUGCUCAGGUCUAUGCAACAUUCGAGGGUCCCAAAUCGACUUCAAGUUUCUUCACACUAAAGGAUAAUGGAAUUGGAUCUGAUUUAAUUAGCGGUGAUGGAAUAUACUCAGCCUAUAUAUUAGCUAAAGAUUUACAGGGAAAUGGUCGUUACAAUAUGAAAAUAACCGUCAUUGGAAAGAGUAAUUCUACAAAAUUUGUUACCAGAGGAAAUCGUUCUGGUGCUUUAGCUGUAGGAGAAACAUUUUCAGCACCAAACUUUGACCAAGAAUUAGCCCCUGUGGAUGAUUUUGAGAGGAUAUCAUCUGCUGGUGAAUUCCGAGUAGAAGGUUUCCCACAGUCGUUGGCGGAUAUUGCUGAUGUUAUUGCUCCGUCCAGAAUUACAGAUUUAUUGAUCGAAGAAUUUGAUCAAGAUACAGGACGAACUAGUUUAAGAUGGACAGCAGUUGGUAACGAUAUGGAUAGAGGAAAAGCACACAGAUAUUACAUACACACUUCACACGAUUUUGCGAAAAUUCGUGAAAAUAUAGACGAAACGAACGUCAUAACCGACGUCCAUGUUAUAUUGGGAAGUCUUGACGACCCAAAAGAACCUGGUGAAUUUGAGACUAUCAUUUUGAAUAUUCCACCUGCAGGAAAUAACACUAUAUUUGUUGCUGUCCGGACCGGAGAUGAACAUGGAAACGUUGCUGAUGUGUCCAAUAUUGUGACUCUAUCAUACACGACGGAUAUUGCAGUGAAAUGGGACAAACAAACCGAGGCGUAUUCCAUAUACUAUCUAAAAACAAUCAUUCCUGCCGUUGGUGGAUUCAUAUUAAUGUUGGUGGUAGUCACUUGCUGCUGUUUGUGUUGGACUAAACGAGAAUCCCACGAAAAACGCAUGGCUCGAAAGAAGGCAAUGGCGUUGGAAUCGGUUGCUUUUGAUGCAUGCGACGAAACGUCUAUGAAUUACAAAACCGAUGGACGAUAUCCCGCUAGAUUCCAUGAAGAUCGUGAAACGUGGGAUUGAUCACAUGGAUACCAGUUUUAGUGAAAUGUUAUGUAUCAGUAAAACAGAUGAGAUUUCUAUAUUAAAUUGGAACACUCACAACAUACCGGUGAGAUACCAAAUCUGGAAAAUCAUUUUGUUGUGUUUUGGAAAAAGGUCACUUUCAAUUCACGAACUGUUGAACAUAACCAUGAUGUAGGAUAUAUAUAGCCUCUCCUUCCAUUUAAGUCACUAUUCCGAACUAAUUCUUCAUAUCUCAUAGCUAUUUAGGUCAGUUCGUUUAUUAUUGCGGCAUUGUAUAUAUUCCAGAAAUUGGCAUGUAACUGCGCCGUUAUCAGUAAGCCAUUUAUGGGUAGAAUAGAAAUGUUGCCUAAAAAAUCAGGCUGCAAAAAACAAAAAAAACAAAAAGCAAAGACCCAUGAGGAGUCAGUCAGUUUUGGACCAAGGUUUAACAACAAAAAUAUAAAAUGAACCUACUAGGUUCGUGAUGUUUCAACCCCAUGGUUCUGAAGAGCGUUUGUUAAUUUGAAACAGUUAGAUUUAACCUGAAAAUGAAAGAGAAUACUGUCUUUCAAGUAAAUGAUAUACAUUAUGAGAUUAUGGAAAAUUAAAAUUUAAUAAUUUU